AUGGGUUACAAAAGGUUUUUAGUCAUAGUACUAGGGCUGCUCUAUGUGAUGAAUGCUAUAUGGGGCUCUUACGCUCAUGAUCAUCAAGAUUGGGAAAUGAACAAAUACGAGCUUGCGGGGACCAGAGAAAUCGGUGUGCCUGCUCGUAAUGAACUUCUCAACGUUUUCAGCGCUGCUAGCACAAGGAAAAUGGGCCUUGGCGGAAGGAAAAUGGCAGCUCGGAAAGUGUUGAGGAGAGAAAUUGAGAAAGAGCAAGUCCUUCACGGAGGAGCUUCAGAAGAUAAUUCAGGUGCAAACUACUCUAAUGUCAAAUGUGACUUUCAAGUAAAGGGAUCAGAUUUUAAUGUAAGAUGUAAACAUGGAGACAAGAGGAAAUCUCCUAAAAUGAUCAAAGGGCCUGGUUUUGUUGCUUUUGGAAAGGAGAAUAAAGCCUUACACAAGUCUAUUGGAGGAUCACAAGAUCAAUUGAAUAAUCAGCUGAAGGAUAUGAACAACUUGGAGAGAAAGACAUUGUCUGUCAGAUUGGGAACUCCAAGGACUGAGACAGUCCAUCUCCCAAAGUCCAACUCCAAGGAUUCCAAAGCAUUGCCAACCAAAACCAGCUUGGAAAGUCCUUCCAGGGCUGACAUUGAUCAGGAACAUCAAGGCAGCGCUACUGAUCCAAAAGAUGGAACGCAAAGGCUUAUUGAUGCAACUAGAGAAAUUGUGAACCUAAUGCACAAAGAUUACAGCACACAUGAUAGGCCUCGCCGCAAUCCACCGAUCCAUAAUAAAGUGCCCAUUCACUGA